AUGGAGGUGGAGGAGGAGGGAAAGCGCUCUCCAAACUAUCGUGGGGGAGUGUGCGUCUUCGAGAGCCUCUUUGAUCGCGUAACUCUUGCGUUGCUCGGCGACCUCGAACAUGAUCGGAACAGGCGUCUUCAACUGGCGGACACUGUCUCGAAGCAUCGAGCUGAGUUUGCAUUUGCUCAGCUUGAGAACGAGAGAGCUUUGACGUAUCUGCGUAACGAACUAAGGGCAGGUCGUGUGGAUAUUGACCGGUCUCGGGCUGAGAUAACUGCUCUUCAGACCCUUGUUGAUAUCCAGCAUCGAGAGCACAAGGCUCUCUGCGAGAUGCUUGAGCGCAAGGGCGUUCUUCAUCGGAAGAAAUAG